AUGCCGGACUCAAAGAAAGAUCAAGAGCACAUCUUUCACCAACACUCCUCGAGCAAUGCACCAGCGCUUUCUGGUCGCAAGAAGCAAAAGGCUGCCGAGAGAGAAGCUCGAAUCGAUACAUGGCUACGAGAUGACAGCCUUGCACGGAUUGCCUACAUUAGUGACGGCAAUGUGAAAGACGGGGAGCCGAAGAAAGGCUCAUCAGCUUAA